AUGAAUCGAGCAAUCGGCGAUUUAUUGACAUGUUUAUCAGCUCUCGCUUGUUGUUCUUACACUUUAUCUUGGCAUGAUAUCAAGUAAGUUAUUACACAUUUUUGUCCUAACACUCUUUUAAUUUCAGUCGAGAUAUGGUUACUGUUUUUGAAAGUUUUUUGAUUGGAUCAUUUUGGAGUGCUCUCGUUUCGUAUUGCUCACUUUCAAUGUUGAAAUUAUUUGCGGUUUGGAAACCUUUUCAUUAUAGAAAAUGGUUUACAAUGAAAAGAUGUGUUAAUUUGAUGAUUAUUAGGUGAGAAUCGUGAGAUUUCAAGCGUAAUAAAUAAUUCUAUUUUCAGUUGGGUGAUUUUUGUUUUGAUGAUCAGCUAUACUUUGGGAAUAUCAGCACUUGUAAAGAUUCCAGAACUAAGUGCCUGGUCUGGAUGUAAAGCUGAGACUUGUCUCAAAAACAUGUACAGGUCAGUUUUUUUUAAAGAAUUUGAACUGGAGAAGAAAAUUAAAAUUUUCAGAUCUCGAAAUGUUCUUACCGCCUCAACUUAUUUUUUCACAUUGUCCGUAUUUUUUGUGACUGUAUUUUUCAUCAGAAAAGCGCAGAGUUUUAGUAACUCAUUUAAGAAAAAGUCAGUUACUGUAUCAGUUUCUUCUCUAAAUUGAAGAAAACAAUUUCAGACCAGAAGAUGGUGGACGAAUUCGUAUGGUUAGAUUUCCAUUGUGGAAAUUGGCUUUGAACGUUGGAACUUUUGCUGUUCUCAAUGUUCCUUAUGUUAUUUGGUGUCUUUGCUUAAUUUAUCUUGUUCAUAAUCCUUGUUUCUUCCAAAGAAAUUAUUCGGAGAUGAUGAGAAUUUUGGGAUUUGUAAGAACAAGUUUGGUCAUCAGAUGUAUUGUUGAUCCGAUUUUGGCGUUUUUCACAGAUUUUCAGGUAAUUUCUUUCAUUUUUCAAAUGUUAUCUAGUAACUAUGCUAAAAAUUCAGAUUCGUCGAGGAUUAUUUGAAAUCUUUGGAAUUCAACGAAAAGUUGGAGAUAACCGUGAUCCAGCGUAUAAUAGUUCGAGUAGUGACACUCUUCGCGCAAAUUCAACAAUUCAUCGAGCAAAUCGAAGUCAAACUGCAACAACAAUUGCAAGUUCACAACCAUCUGCAAAAAUGGCGCCACAUAGUGCAAGUUAUGCCGGUAAACGCAAUACAAAUAUUGAUAAAUUUUAAACGUGUAUUUUACUUUUCAACGAUUCGAUUUGUGUUCUUUGUUUUCAGGAGAAAUAAUUAUUUUCUUUAUAUUCUUUUUAAGAAAUAAAUACAUAUUAGAAGAAUUUGUAAAAACACUGCAAAAAUCUGGAAAUGGCGUCAGUAAACUGAAAGAAAAAAAAAUUUUGGAUUACUGUAAUUGUUACGCGAUCUAUAUCUAUCUAUCAGAUUUUCGGCAAGAAUCUUGAAAUAACUCGAUAAUUCAAAAAUAUAUCCAGGUAAAUAGAUUGAAAUUCCAUCUAAUCCCACGAACAAAAAUGUUUAAUAAUAUCAUGAAUUCUGGCUCGAAAAAAGAAGGAUUUGUAAAACUUUCCAGUUUUACAAAUUUUCACUCAAAAAAGUUGAUCCAAAAAUUAAUAUAAUUUGAAUACAGUAAUCAAUAAAUACUCAACAUAUAAAAUGAUACCAAUUUCAGACUGUUAUCAAGAAUUUUGGCCCGAAAAAGCAGAAUUUGCAAAAUUGUUGUCUGCAGUUGUUCGUCGUUAUUCAUUCGAAACAUUUUAUCUGACGCGCAACUACACACAAAAAUUUUAUUUUAUUUAAUUCUUCUUUGUCUUCUCAAAAAACCGGUUCAUAUUAGUCAGUUUUAACAGAUGCGAUGGAUAGUAGCGGAUUGGAUUGCAGUUCGAUAGAAGAGCUUCAGAGCAAAUGCUCGAUUCCACGCGAAUUGAGUACGAAACUCGAACGACAAUCAUGUGAAUAGUGAGUCAUGUUUAUUUUGAAAAAAAUACGUAUUCCUGUCAUAAAAAUCGUUUUGUUUCAGUGUAUAUAGUUCGAUGAAAAAGUUUAUUAAAAGUGCACAAAGUUCGCGAGGUGAACAAGAGAAACAGUAUAAAGAUUAUAUGAAAGCGGCUGAGUUAGCUGAAAUAAUCCGGAAGAACAAAAAGUUUCAAACUUUUAUCAGCGAAAACGCGACAAAACUGAUGUUUUAUGCGGAUUUUCAAGAAUGCGUGAAAAAUAUGUCAGAAUUACAAACUCUACUAAUUCGAAAAUAUGAUGCUAUCAAAUUACGGAAAGAUACAAUUGGUCGAGCAAAUUCAUCAGAAAAUUCGGUUCCAACAGAAAAUAAUGUGAGGAAAAUCACUUUCACAAUAUCACCUAUAAGCUUAAUUCGAAUGAUGGAAACCGAUUCAGUGAAAAAAAGUGCCAUUAUUUUUGAUUAUCGAGAGGAUAAAAGUGAACGUAUACUUUAUGGAAAUGAAAAUCUUAUAACAGUUAUUCAAAUUCCUUAUGAAAUCAUUGACAAUAGUAUGAUUUUUACAAAAAUGCGACAAUCUUUGGAUGUUGGACAACGUUCUCUUCUUCAACGACUUCCUAAUUAUGAUUAUGUUGUUUUGAUGGAAGACGAAACUCCAGAAUUGAAAAAUGGUCAACCAAUUGCAGGAACAAAAGCAAGCAUUAUGAUGAAAGCAUUGACUGAGGUUAGGUUUGAAGUAUAUUUUUUCAUGAAUCAAAUAAUUGUUUUCAGUAUAUUGGAAGCGAUUUUCGAACAAAAGAAACACCAAUAUUUAUGGAAGGUGGAUUCCGAAAAUGGAAAUUACAAUAUCCAACAUAUACAAUAAGCGAAAUAACACCAAGUCCGAGAUUUUCUUUUCAUCGAGAUGAAUUGGAUGAUGUUAUUCAGAAUUAUCGAAAUAAUGAUAUUAAUUCCCUUUCCGAUAUUAGUUAUGUUGAUUUAUCUGCAAUUCCACCAAAACCAUCGACAACUUCGAAUUCUAAUUUGGAAGAUGAACAUAAGAAGAAGUUAUUGAAAGAUUCUACAAAUAUUCGAGAAAAUCGUGAAAAUGGAAAAGGUGAUACAAUUGUAGCGAGACCUGGAAUCGGAAUUCCAUUGACUGGAGUUCAGAGUGAGUAUUUUCUAUUGUUUAGUUGAAAGAUCAAGUAUAUUUAUUUUCAGAACCAUUUCAACCGCCUCCUUCAUCCACAACUCAAAUCCCACCAUCAAUUCCACUUGAAAGACCAGGUGGUCCAAUCUUUGGACCAGCUCCAAAAAUUCCACAAAGGCCCGGUCAACCAGUUCAUCCUCAAAUUCCAAAUAUUCCGCCUUCGAUUCCUGAUCGAUCUAUAAAACCAUCAUCAAAUGCAAUUAUCGUGGGUGGUAAACAUGAUUUUGGCUCUUUGCCAAAUUAUGGAGACAUGAAAAGUAGGCCGAAUUCAGCAUCGAUUGGAAAUACUAUCAGGUUUGGAUUUUUCUUCAAUGAUUUUGUAUAGUUAAUUUGUUCCAGAAAGCCACCGCAACUUGACAGAUCAUCGAAACCUUCGCUAGUCACGUGAGUUUUUGAUUCAAUUCAAUUUUGAAAAAUGUAAAAAGAAACAAAUUUCGUUUUUUUCUUCGUGAAACGUGUGCCAUUUUUUAAUUUAAUCUCUUUUCAAAAUUUCUAUUCUCAUCUCAUUUUUAUAAUAUUAAUUUUACUCGAUGUUUGAUUGGUGGUGGAAUAAGAAGCCGUUGAUAUUAAAAUAUUGUUUAAUCCAUCGAAAUGUUUAUUUUUCAGACCUGAAAGCGAGAAUGCAUUCCGAACGAUUUAUAACAAAAUGCUGUUAACUAUUGCGAAUGGAGGAACAAAAAGAAGUGAUCCGGUUGGUGAUUUUUUUAAAAAGGGAACCGAGUGAAUUUGUAAAUCAAAAAGUAGACGAUGUAGAGUUGAAAGAACGCCGAUAAAUCCUAGGGUGUAGAAGUCGCUAAAAAAGUUAUAACGUGGUAAACUAGGAAUUUUGGGUACUUUAAUAUUAAUUUGAACGAUGUUUCAGCGAUUUUUGAAUUCUGAAAAUCAAAUUUUGAUAUAAUUUAAAAAUUUACUUGAAAAGUAUUGAUUGGGAAUUUUUCCACGUAAUAACUUUUUAAAACAAAUUUCAAACUAUUAUCCCGCUUCUCUCUGAAAAACAUCUUAUUUUUCGAUCUUUUUACAGGCUCCUGGAAUAACUGGCCUAUACAAUAUGGGAAAUACCUGUUUCAUGUCAGCCACUCUUCAAUGCCUUUUCCAAACACCUGGACUUGUCGAUGUUUUCACUCUAAAUCAUUUUGUCUCAAAUAUCAAUCCAAAAAAUAAAAUGGGAACCAAAGGAGUUAUAUCCUCUGUGUUUUCGGCGCUUGUUGAUUGUAUUUGGGGUGGACAUUUUCAAGCGAUUCGACCGCAACGAUUUUUAGUGAGAUUUUUAUUUUAUUUUUUUUGUGAGAAAAAUCAAAACGUGAACUAUGAAAAAAAUCAUUUCUUAAUUUUUUCAGCAAUUAUUCGCUGAAGAAGUGAAUGCUUCACUGGCCGAUGGACAACAACACGAUGCAAGCGAAUUCCAGCUUUUCUUGUUGGAUGCACUUCAUGAGGACACAAAUCAGGUAAGAAUUCAGGAAAUUAGAAAUGUCUACGUUUUUCCUGUUUUCACUAUAUUUCUGUUUAAAAUCACUCUGGCCAGAUUUUCUGACUUUGUUUGUAACAAAAAAGGGAACUUCAUGAAGGUAUUAAAAUCUAGUUUGAGACCAUUCAUUCGAGGUUUUCUGAAUUUAAAAAUUUUAUUGAAACCUUUUUUCCCAUUCGGAUAAAUUCCAGGUUGUUAAUCGGAUUUCAUUCGAACAAAAUUAUAAAGGAGGAACAAAUAUUGCCUCUGACGCUUCUGAUUUUAUCAAUCGAAAUCGACAAUUCGCCUAUUCCCCCGUCAAUAAAAUAUUCAGCGUUUUACAAGUUUCCGAAUUAACAUGCUGUAAUUGCCACGUGUCAUCGGCUACAUUCGAAGAUAACACGUUGAUUUCUGUUGAAUUAACACAACAAAAUGCAUCGGGUAGUUUUAGUUUGGAUACUUGUUUGAAAUCGCAUUUUUCGGACACGGUAAGUGUAUACAUUCUUCUAAAUGGUUCGAGAGAAUGAAAAUAAAUAAAUUUCAGAAACUUGAUGGUGAUAGUCGUUGGAAUUGUCCGAAAUGUAAAUCAGCUCAAGCUGCAAUUCGACGAACUCGUUUAUGGACUCUUCCUUCAGUAUUAGUUAUUCAUUUAAAACGAUUUAGUCUUUCAAAUGGUGAAUAUGUUAAAAAUACGCAACCGGUACAAUUUGAUAUUUCACGUUUUGAUCCAUCUUGUUGUUUGCAUCAAAAUGCGCCAAGAGAUCAAAAAAGUACAUAUCGAUUAUACGGAGUUACGGUAAGUAUUGUAAAAAAUUCCAGGCAAAUAUUGGAAUCAUAAAAUAUUUUUCCUUGCAGAAUCAUAGUGGACGAUUGAAUUCUGGACAUUAUACAGCAAUGGCUUCACAUUUAAAAAGUGAUAAAUGGCUGAAAUUUGAUGAUGAAAGUGUUUCAUCAACUGAUGUUUCGCAAAUUGAUGUGAGUUUUUUUCUGAUGUUUUUCAUCAACAAUUAUUUUCUUGCAGAAUCGCGCUGCAUAUAUUUUAUUCUACAAGAAAAUGUCAUAA